UGUUAAUGUCUUGGCUCCUCUCCUCUGUGUCUGAAGAAGUCUUCGGCUAUGUUAUUGGGCUAAGCUUGCAUCAUCCUAUCAAGUAUGGAGUUGCUCUUCAUCAGGCUUUUGGGUUUGCCUCUCAAAAUUGACAAUUACAACUACAUAUUGAUCUUCGGGAGCUCAAGCCGAGCGUCAUGAUCUUUCAGUCUCACAGUAUUUUGCAGAAGGCCAAAGCUCUUGCUGAUGAGGUUGGUGCUGCAGGGAAGCCACUUUUCACAGCAGAAUUCAAUGCUAUCAAUUACAGAAAUAUAUAUAGGCGGUGAGUUUACCUCUGUUAUCACUGCACUCAAUCUGCGACCUGAGCCCGUACCAUUUCAUGAGCUUCAUAGCCAAUUAGUAGCUCAUGAAAUUCUACUUCGUACUGCACAGGAGGUUUCUUUGGCCAAUUUGGCAUCAAAACAAGAUGCGCCACCACUUCUUCCUAUGCCAAUUCGGCAUGCACAGUCAGGAUAUACUCGUAACAAUUUUCAAUCUAGUCUUUCUAAUAACAGGCGCAAUCGAGGACCUUGUCAAAUAUGUGGACUGCGUAAUCGUACAGCAAAUCGUUGUCGUCAGAGGUAUGCACCUCUCCCAUCAUUACAGCAGCAGGCUCAAGCUCAUGCAGUGAUUAUGCCUCAGCCAUCACCACAGUAGUUGUCUCAAACCCACGCCAUGAUCAAGCCCCAAUCCGCUUCCGGUCAGUUUUAUGUUCACAACCAAGUGUUACCAUGGAUAUCUUAUACUGGUGUCAAGCAUCUGUAACUCCUGACUUGUCUCGACUUUCCCAUAGUAGUCCUUAUCAGACUCAUAUCAUCUCCACAUUGCUGAUGGAAAAGGUUAGCCUUGUAUCACCCCAUA